GCAGGAGGCAUUGAUGACAGCAUGCUGUCCUGCUCUCGCUAUGUCAGAUACACUUCGUCUUUGUCCGUAGUUAACUACUGGACAACUAGUUUAAGCCUUUUGUCCUAAGCAAAAUUGAACCUCAAAACCCUUUUGCCUCUUUGUCACCAUCAUGAACACAACCAAGCUCCUUCCACGACUCGCAGCUGCUCCUGUACCUGUGAGACUGUCUUCGACAAGGCCGUUCACCUCAUCGUCCCGCUACCUCAGCUCAGAGAAGCCAGAGUCUCCUGCCCAAGAUGAUCAGCAUUUAGCCACCAAGGCACAAGAAAUCGCGAAAGAAGCCGAAAUCAAACACAAAACCGUGGCAGAAGCGGACGCUGAGCUGAUGGAAAAGCUGGCCGGACACUCGGACGAAGGUGGAGCUGCAGGCGUGGAAUACGAGGAUGGCAAGCCGGUGGCCCAGAAGCGAAGUGUGAGGAACAAUAUGUUCCGCUUGAUAUGAACG